AUGCUUGUUUAUUGCUUGAUUAUGUCCGUCACUUCAAGUUUCAUUGUUUAUUGUGGUUGGGCAUUGAAAAAGAGUUUACAAGAGGAAGGUAAAAGCACAAAGACAAGAAAUAUGCAGAAAGAGCUUUUUAAAGCAUUGAUCUUUCAGUUACUUGUCCCACUCGCAACUGUUUAUUUUCCCGUUUCUAUCUUCUUUCUCGCAGCGUUGCUUGGUGUAGAUGGCUGGGAUACUGAGAUUAUCACUAUCAUGGAAACAAAUCGCUACUCUACUGGAGAGACGGCGACAAAAACGAGUCGAAAUCAGAUCGCACCUGAUGUAUCACAAAGCAAAGAAGCUUACUCGAAUGCUUCUCUUCGGGGAAAUUCU